AGCCCGUUUGUUGUAACGCAAGAAAUUUAUCGGAUUGACAUGCAUUGUGUUGUCUGUGUUUUGUUUCAAAAUGAUGGUGACACUAUAAAGCAACUCGCGACCACGACUGCCGCUUGUUUUCGAUUCAUGCUGUUGUAAAAGCACUUGCGUGUAAAGAAUUUCACAUAUCUUUAGCGGAUUAUAGUGAAAAAGUAUUCUCACGUGAAACCCGCUUUCGUCGUAAAACAUCUGUUUUGCGUAAACCGGUGACAGUUCGAAUGCGAGGUAGUAAACUUUAAAACCCUGAGCAUAUGUCGAAAUAAAUGAAAUGUCAGUCGUAUCGACGUGAGGCAUAAGGUUACGUUACGUUAGCGUUUAGUGUGAACCGUUACCUGACAACAUGCAGUGAUAAACUUACGUGAAUAGGUGUUCAGUUGUGUAUGUGGAAAUAUACCUGUUAAUAUGGUAAAAGCGAUUAUUCGUAAUAAAAACAACAACUUAUAAGUGAAUUGUUUGGAAUACCAGGUAGAUAUUUCAUAUAUUCAUGUGGGCAUGGACUUAUAAAGAUCAAACGUGCCUUACGAAUCGCUGAACAAAAAAUGUGGAUUCCAUUAAAAAUCUGUGUCAUAUCGUGGAAAGUGGAGUGGCUUUUGAUAUCGGUGUUCCUCUUUAUCAACUUGGAAUUAUCAGCACCUGCUGCUGCGCAGCUUCCUUAUGAAAUCCGAUUGGUGAACGGGUCCGAUCCCUCUCGCGGGCGGGUCGAGGCGCGCCUGCAGGGCUCGCAGAACCCCUGGGGGACCGUUUGCAAUGACCAAUAUGAGGUGGACAACAAGGCUGCCACUGUCGUCUGUCGGCAGCUCGGAUACAUAUGGGGAGAGGCAAUGCUAGGCGGAGAGUUCGGAUUCGGACCGGAGAACCAACCAAUCCAUGUGGACCAGCUGAUGUGCAAUGGGACCGAGGCGAAGCUUUACGAGUGCCGACAGAAUCCAUGGAAAGUGCACAACUGCUACCACCACGAGGACGUGGGCGCAAUAUGUUACAACACCACUGUUCGAUUAUUAUCAACGACAAAACAGUCAGGUGUGGGCGUGGUUCAGACGGCGAGCCGAUACAAUUGGGUGGAUGCCUGCGACACCGGAUGGGACGACACCGCCGCUACUGUCGUCUGCCGCGAGCUGGGUUUCGUGACCGGGAUCGCCGAGUGCUGCUCCGCGCUUGGACCGUACCAGUUUGUCGAGGUGGGUCAAACUGCCAAGAUUUAUGACAUCGAGUCUUUCAACUACACGUGCACGGGCAAAGAGAGGCGACUUAUAGAAUGCGCCAACACGAGCUUCACCGGCACGUGCGAAUACUCCCACCGCGCUGCCGUAGUGUGCCACAACGUGACGUUAGAUCAAGUGAGCAAGGAGUUUUCUGUGCGACUGACUAACGGUUCAGAUUACUGGGGCAAGGUUGAGGUACGUCACAGUGGUGUGUGGGGCCAGGUAUGCAACGACAAGUGGGCAGAAACUGCGGCCAAUGUCACUUGCCGGGCGUUGGGCAAAGGUUUCAUUGGGGGCAUCGGACUGGGCCCGGUGAACACCAUCAAAUGGAAUGAUGUUAUCAAGGACAUGCCAGUAUGGCUGGUGGACCCAGUCUGUAACGGGUCAGAGCCCAGUCUGGCACAGUGUGUGUUCACGCAGUGGGGGGAACCACUUACCUCUGGCUGCUAUCCAGCUUACGUUCUCUGUUACAGGAAAUCUGGUGUACAACUUGACAUUGUUAAUGGGACAACGCCUAACGUUGGUCGUGUCCAGAUUAAAUAUGAUGGUGUGCCAGGUUCCAUUUGCGUCAAUGAGUGGACAGCUAACGAUGCCAGAUUGGUGUGUCGCAUGAAAGGAUUCCCUGAUGGUGAAGUCCUAAGCCAAGGGGUUACAUCAACCGUAGAUGCACCUUACUAUCUGAACAAUUUGAUAUGCAUCAGAGAUCCUAAAGACAUCUUCAUGUGCAGCUCUACUGGCUGGCAGGUGGGAACACAAAACUGCCCCGGGAGUGCUCAGGUCAUGUGUUACAAGAACGUGCGCCUCAUCAAGGGUAAAGAUGAUAGUGCCGGUAUUGCCCUCUAUUACGAUAAUGAAACCAGCAGCUGGAUGGGGUUCUGUGACCUUGGUUUCAAGCCCAAGUAUGCGGAACUCAUAUGUAUGGAGCUUGGGUACCAGACAGGAAGUGUGUUGCCCUCAGGAGCGUUUCUAAGGCACUACAUGCCUCUAGGUCGGCCAAAUAUUGCGUGUGGAAAUGAGACCAGUAUCAUUGAUUGCCCUUGGGAUGGACAAUCUUGUAUGAAAAGUGAUAACCAUUAUGUGUCAAUCAGUUGCCAUGAGGACAUUGUAGAAACUGAACCCCAGUAUAAGAUGUUACUCAAGGUUCCAGAUGGGACGUAUGGCCAGGUGUACGUGAGACUCUACAACACCUGGGGGGAGAUCUGUGCAGACAACUGGGGGGACACAGAGGCAGACGUGUUCUGCAGGUCCCAGAGAUUCAAGGGCGGGCUGGCAGAUUUCUACAGUUACACUGCUUACCAGCCCACACUGGUUUAUGAGAUUGAAUGCAAGGGAAAUGAGAGCGACCUUAAAGAAUGCAUCAUCGGGAAGUACCAUACAUGCUCUGAUUCGGGAAAUCGGGCUGGUGUGAUCUGCUAUAGGCAGACAGCCCCAACAGUGAGCCUGGUGGAGGGACAUGUGAACUAUGGUAGGGUCCAGGUUAGCAUUGACGGCAUAGCGGGGCCUGUCUGUGACUGGGGAUGGAACAAUAACGCCGCAAGUGUCGUCUGCAAACAGCUCGGCAGGAACUUCACAGGGGGGGAAGUGUUCAGGGAUUUCCCUGUGAGUACACAGGAUCCAAUUUUGCAAAUAAGAAGUUGCAAUGGUCUCGAAGAUUCCCUGUUCAAGUGCAAAAACAAUGGCUGGAUGACCGUAGAUAAUGUUUGUGCUAAUCAUGCUCAGGAUGUGGGGGUCUACUGCUAUGGGAAAGUGCGUGUGAUAUCCAGCAAGAAGUCUCCCACAGUGCUGACAGGUAGGGUGGAGGUUCUCCCCCCGCCCGGAAGCAGGGAUGGAUCCGACUGGGUGGCCAUAUGUGGAGACGGGUUUGAUCAGACAGAUGCAGAAGUGGUGUGUCUAGAAAUGGGUUUUGACGCUGCACGUGUUAUUGCUCCGGGAUCGUUUGGUGCCACACCCUCGUGGAAGUUUUAUACCAACAUGGCGUGCACAAAGGGUGGUAGAGAUGUACAUGCAGACUGUAAGUACAGCAAGGGGCUGUGCAAAAUGGAGUCCCACAACUAUGCCAGCGUGCAGUGCUUUAUGGCGGGAACAGAUCUAGGCACCCGGUACUACAUAGAAAACGGUUACCAUGGUAAAGUUAUAGUAGAGGAGCUAGGACAGAACGGCUCCGUGUGUAUUGAUGGCUGGGAUGACCAUGACGCCACUGUCCUCUGUCGCAGCAAGGGUUUUAUUGGAGGUGUAGUGUUAGGUGUGCCUGAAAUCUACACCCAUGUUGUCCCUAUCUUGUUCACUAACGUGACUUGUUUGGGACCCGAGUCCAGCCUGGACGAGUGCACAAAGAGCAGAAAGGUUCCCGUGACAUGUUCAAUAUCACGGAAAGUUGCCGGAGUUCUGUGCUAUCGUUCCACAGGCGUCAAAGUGAAACUUGUCAACAACCAGAUGGCCAACUAUUUUGGCCGAGUGGAGAUUGAGUAUGACGGUCAGAGCGGUACGGUCUGUGACAACCACUGGUCUACCUAUGAUGCCCGGGUCAUAUGCAGACAGCUGGGAUUUCCAGAUGGAGAGGCCUAUAUGAAGGCAUAUUUUGGAGCAGGCGAUGGCUCUAUUUAUCUUUCAGGAUUGAUGUGUGACAGUCUAGAGUCGAGUCUGUUAGAGUGCCCCAACACCGGCUGGACAGUUAGGGACGUGAUGUGUGCUGGACAUGAGAACGAUGCUGGGGUCAGAUGUACCAGGAAUGUUCUGACUGAGCAGGCAGAUAACUAUGGUGCAGUGAAGGUGUGGAAAAAGGGCAGUUUUUACCAUGUGUGUGCUGACGAUUUUGAUGAUGCAGACGCCACUGUUGUGUGCCGCACCAUGGGAUAUCCUUAUGGGAAAAGCCUCUGCUGCGAUGCCUUUGGUCACCAGACUACGGCCAUACUAUAUUCAAAGUCCACGUGCACUGGGAAUGAAGUCAACUACAACAAUUGUGUCAAGGUGGAGGGCGCUGGAUUGUGUUUGUCAAACCAGUAUGCUUCUGUAGUAUGUUCCAAGGAACAGCCAUUACCAGGCAUAGAUGUUGGCAUUGAGGAGUACACAAACAGCACAGGCAGUGGGCCAGUAGUGGUGAGCGUGAUGGGACAAAACGGCUACAUGUGUGCAGAGAACUUUGAUGACAGGGACGCUAUGGUCAUAUGCAGGCAACUGGGAUACCUUGGUGGAUAUGCAUUCAAGUAUUACAAUGAUGAUGUGAAACUGCGCUCCACAAUGGAUCUCCGUUGGUUACGAGGGCCCAACUGUACGGGCUCAGAGACUCGUCUGGAACAGUGCCCGGGCAUCAAUGUGGGCAAUGUCUCUGGAUGCUUUGUUCUCUCUCAUGCUGCCGUUUUCUGCUAUCGCAACCAAGAUACGUCAGACUUCUCAGUACGUCUGUCCAACGCUGCCCAUCCCGGUGAAGGCUUUGUUGAGGUCAAGGUCAAUGGGACUUGGGGCAGCGUGUGUAUGCAUCGAACUCUCAUCAGCAAUUUUGAAGCCACUGUCAUAUGCCAACAGCUGAAGUUCAAGUACGGUGUCUACAUCCCGUUUCCCAGUUAUACGCCCUUGACUGGUAAAGUGUGGUUGAGUAAUGUAAACUGUGUGGGCACAGAAAAGUCAGUACGGGAAUGUCUGCUGUCGGGGAUGGGCGGUGAAAUAUCAGCGCCCUGCUUCACACAUAAGUUUGACAUGGCCGUGAAAUGCUAUUCCCAUGUGCGUCUGUCUGCUUCACCGGUUCCCAACUUCGGUAUGCUGCAAAUUCUCAAUGUCACCUCAAACCGCUGGGUCAGUGUGUGUGACACAGGCUUUGACGACGUGGCAGCAGGGGUGGUGUGUCGCGACCUGGGUUACAAGGAUGGGAAAGCCCAGUGCUGCUCAAGUCUUGGGCCAAAGCUCACAUUUUACAACCCAAUCGAGGUCGCGGGCGUAAGAUGCAAUGGCAGUGAAACUGACUUCAUGUCUUGCCAGAUGCAGUUCAAUGCGACGUGUCCAUCUGGAAAUUAUGUUACCGUUCUUUGCUCUGAAACUGUUCCUCCACUUGAAAAUUUUACGGUGGCCCUAACAGACAGAGAACACUUUGGUAAUGUAGAGGUGUCCCGAUAUGGCCUUCAGGGGGCUGUUUGCGAUAUCGGAUGGGACGACAAUGAUGCCAAAGUUCUGUGUCGUGAACUGGGAUAUACAACUGGUUUUGCAACAAACGGUACAAACACAGCUGAAAGGCCCAUGAUCCUGGCCAAAGUAGACUGUGCAGGCACCGAGAAGCGAUUGGCCGAUUGUGGGUUCUCUGAACUCAUAUCAGGACACAAUUGCAGCUCUCGAUUGACAAGAGCUGCUGUCUUCUGCUCCAUGACUACAGACAACAUUUCAUACCGCCUGGGUGGGUCGUCCCAGAGGACUGACCGUGGGCGAGCAGAAGUGUAUGUCAACGGGCGGUGGGGCACAAUAUGUGACCUCUACUGGGAGGACAGGGAUGCGGACGUUUUCUGCAAGUCUGCGGGUUUCCUUGGAGGAGAGGUCACCGUCCUGGUUGCCAGCGGUGACCCAGCUCAACCAAUCUGGAUGAGUCACGUAGAGUGCACGGGCACUGAGACUGACCUGAGACAGUGCAGGGCAUCAUGGGAUAUCAAGACAGUGUCCAGGUGUUCACAUUUUGAUGAUGCUGGAGUGAAGUGCUACAGAUCUGCCCGUCUGAACCGUGGCGACUACACCACCGCUCAGACCAAUGGCAUAGUGGAGGUGUUUGUGCAGCAGUCAGAUCCCUACGCCAACCCCUGGUUCACAGUGUGUGCCGACACAUUCACUGACAAUGAGGCAGAGGUUGUGUGUCGUGUGCUGGGUCAUGACCACGGCAUAGCCGUCUGCUGUUCUCCCUACGGCUACAACACAUCGCCUAUGAGUGUGUACCGACCCCAGUGCCAUGGUAACGAAACCCAGAUGACACAAUGUGCACUGGUGAUCAACAGCACUUUGUGCAGUAGACAGAAUUAUGCCUCUGUCACUUGCUACAACCGCACAACAUCAACAGCUUAUUCCCUAGCUUUGAAGGGCUCCCUGGUAUACACUGGCCAGGUGGUGCUAUAUUAUCUCGGGGUGGCCGGGCGUAUCUGCUGGACGGGCUGGGACGAUGCUGAUGCCCGGGUGGUGUGCCGUGAGCUGGGCUUCAUGAAUGGAUCGGCCUACUUCCAUUACAAGUCUAGCUUCAUCUACCUCAACUAUAACGGUCCAUAUUGGACCAGCGACUUGAACUGUACAGGGGAGGAGUCUAAAAUCCAGGACUGCCCACACAGGGGCUUCGGUAACGUCACCAGUUGUCAUGACAGCGGCAACUACGCAGGAGUCAUCUGUUACAAUGACCAAGACGUUGCGUACAGAAUUGCCGGUGGUAAUGCACGCUUUGGUCGUGUGGAGUUCAUGCAGGAUGGUACAUGGCACACGAUCUGCAGCAACACGUGGGGGGAGGAGGAGGCCAACGUGACGUGUAGACAGCUUGGUUAUGUCACCGGGAACACGUACACUGGCGACCUGGACCCCGCACCUUCUGGCAAGGCUUAUACAAUUAACUUUAGGUGUGCUGGUAAUGAACACAGUUUGAGUGAGUGCCCCCACGAGGGGAUACAGGAGUCCACAUUCUGCCAGGACCACAAGAAGGAUGAUGGGGUCUUCUGUUAUACUAGUGUGAAGCUGUCUGGCCCGGAUGCAGUGAACAGCGAUAAUGGGUCGGUGAUGUACUACCUGAAUGAUACCUGGUCCCUCAUCUGUAACGAUGGGUUUAAUGAUCAGUCUGCCAGGAGGGUGUGUCAGGAACUUGGCUUUGUUGAUGGACGCGCCAUUUGCUGCUCUGCAUAUGGGAGCAUUAGCAUGUUUGACCUUACAAUGAGCAACUACACGCUAACCUGUGAUGACCCAGACGCUCCCCUUGAAAAUUGCCUUAAACCAGUCAAUGGCUGCCAGACUGGUUAUGCUUCAGCCGUCUGCUUCCAUAACAACACCUUACCUGUAGAGUAUUUAAAAUAUGAGUUUAACCUUGAGAAGUCUAAUGGAAACUAUGGAGGUCAUGUCAAGGUCACGCAUCUAGGGGUCACAGGGUCAGUGUGCAGCCAGGACUGGGACGACAAUGACGCGAGCAUUCUCUGUCGCUCGAAGGGUUUUAAAAACGGGCUGGCUUACCAACACUCGGAGAAUAAUGUUUUGGUGGACCAAAGGGGCCCAUAUUGGGCGGGUGGGUUCAACUGCACCGGAAAUGAGAUUCAGUUGAAGGAUUGUCCGUUUUUAAACCGUACAAAUCUACAGAACUGCAGCUCCUACGACAUUGCAGCAGUUUUGUGUUUUAAUGAAUCAGGAAUCCAGUAUCGUAUGGUUAGCAACAGCAGCCACUAUGGCCGCGUGGAGAUGCAGGUGGGUGGGAUAUGGGGCACGGUGUGUGACCAGUAUUGGGACAAGCGCGAGGCCGCUGUCUUCUGUCGCCAGCUCAACUUUACCGAUGGGGAGCCAGUGGGUGGGGCGCACUUUGGGGCAGGAAGUGGACCCAUCUGGAUCAGCCAUCUAGAGUGCAAGGGCACAGAAAAGUACCUUCACCAGUGUCCACAUAGAGGUUUCACAAAUGAGAUCUCGUCUGACUGGUGGUUCCCUCUACCGUGCGAGACCCACUCAGAUGACGCUGGCGUAUUCUGCUACAAAUCUGUGAGGUUGAACAGCGGUCCGAGUGCUGACGCUGGCGGUCUGGAGGUACACAGGGAUGGGAAGUGGUAUGGGGUCUGUGACUCUGGCAUCGGAAAAAAUGAGGCACUCGUUGUCUGUAAGAGUCUCAAAUCCUACUACGUGGAUGCAGUACCUGUCAAUGGUUCAUCGUAUGGCAAUCUGUCUGGGGAGAUUGGUUUUUCCUCGAUCAAGUGCUCAGGUCAGGAGACAGACCUUAACCUAUGUCAGCUGACAUUUGAAAAGUCAUGUGACAGCGGCCAUUAUGCAUCCGUCUACUGCAGCAACUCCACCAUCGUUGAUACAAGUUUCAAGGUUCGGCUGGCAGGUGACAGUCUGUCCAGUUCUAUCCAUGGCAUACUGGAGGCUCGUGUCGAAGGUAUCUGGGGGCGUGUGUGCCUGCACGGGUUCACAGACAGUGACGCCAGAGUGGCAUGUAGGCAGUUUGGCUACGACGGAGGUGUGGCCUAUCUCCACAUCAUGAAGAACGACAAACCCGUGCUGGUAUCGAAUGUUCAAUGCACCGGUACUGAAAACUCCAUCAGUGAAUGUCCCAAGGAUAUUGCCUCCCCCAACCGAGAGUACUGCAACUAUGGGUCUAACGAUGCUGGAGUGAUAUGCUACAACAGGACAGAUGGUAUAGGAUUUGACUAUCGUCUCAACGGUGGGUCCAAUCCCAGCAAUGGGCGCGUGGAGAUCGGCUACGCCGGGCGCUGGGGUAUGGUAUGUGCCUGGUCUUGGCAAAGCAACGAUGCUGCAGUCUUGUGUCGCGCUCUCGGUUACAAGGACGGCAUUGUCAGCUAUGAGAAAAACAUAUCCCUUGGGUUCACGUUGCCGUGGGUUACCGGGUUCUUCUGCCAGGGCCAUGAGACCAGCCUGAUGACCUGCCUCAACACGGGCUUCAACUCGACCUUCCUCACCGACCUCUGCAUGGGCGGUCGUGACCCCGGGGCAUACUCCCAGUGCUUCAAUGAGACAGUUGAGGAUACAAAGGUGAGACUUGUAGACGGCCCCAACAAUCACUCGGGCCGCGUGGAGGUGUUCAUGACCGGUGCCAACCAGUGGGGAACCAUCUGUGAUGACUACUGGGACGAUCCCGACGCCAUCGUCGUCUGUCGUCAGCUGGGCUUCUACGGAGGACAGGCUUUAAAGAAGGCACCCUAUGGUCAAGGUACCGGUCCCAUCUGGUUUGACAACUUGAAGUGCAUUGGUAAUGAGUCAAAAAUAGGGGACUGUGGUCACCGCGGAAUUGGCACCCACAACUGUAACCAUACUGAGGACGUAGGAGUAAUAUGUGACCUCAUGCCACCCAGUACAGUUCCACCUGGGACCAUCAUCACGCCCAGCCUCACAACCCAGCCGGUGACCCCUGGCCCCUCCUCAGACCCUCCCACUACUCCAGAGAAACCAACACUGGUGACUGAAUUCACGAGAAUACCGGUCACAACUGGAGCUCCAGUUACAACCACUGCAGCAACAACAAAGUCUGUAACCACAAAGCAGCCAGACACUCCCAUGCCACCUGUGACCACUUCUGCGCCACUGACCACUGAGGCGGCCACAAAAGUGUCGACGAGUGUGAUUCCUCCCUCAACCAUGGGGCCAACCCCUAAGCCAACAGAACAGGAUUUACCAACGACUUCUCCCUCUCCUGAGACAACCACCAAUGCUAAAUCAAAUCAUAGUGUUGCUGCAUCAGUUACGAACACAUCAAAGGCAAAUUUAGGUGUGGCAGUUGCUGUGCCUAUUGUUGUAAUAUUAGUUGUUGUUGCAAUAAUAGCCUGUGUUGUGAUGAGAUUGCGGCGUGGCGGCAAGAGGCAAGGCUAUUCGCGUGAGACUUUAGACGACUCUGUGAUUCAUAGGGAACCAGAUGGGUCUGUAUCAGCCAGUAACCAGAUGUAUGGCUUAGACCUGAAGGUGUCGUCCCCAGGGGCAACCAGUGACAUAUCGUCCCCUGGAGAGGACAAUAUGAUGCUGGGGAGCAACGGCCGCGCGUUCUACAGUAAAGGGGUCACAAACGGUGAUAGCCCUGGUGCCUUUAGGAAUCCCUUAUAUGAGGCCAGAAAUCAUGACUCGGACGGCCAGUUUGUGGGACAGAGUAACGGGGCCACACAUUCCUUGCCAGCUAAUGGGGAGAUCUCCUUUCCAGACAGAGAUCCCUUGGGGAUUGAUAGGCACACAGAUGCAUAAUUGUUAACUUUUUCAAUAUCUGUAUUUGUUUGUUAAUUCACUGGUUGUGUGAUGUUUCAAGUACUGCUUUGUGAUAUGAACUAGCUGUUCUAUGCUUCUCACUCAACAUUAUUAGGCAUAGUUCUUAUCAAUAUUCAGGAGAUAUAUGGCAUAAUAGUAACAUAGUCACUUCAUCACUGAUACCAGCGUCCUAGUUUGAAAAUAAAGUGGGUGUCUCAAGUAAUUUUUGUUGUACUUAAUAUUAUUAAUGAACAGAUGCAAAUCAGAGUAGAACAGCUACAAACUUGGUUGAGUGCAUUUAAAUGCACGCAAAUAACUCGACAUUGUAAAUUACUUUACAAUAGUUUUGUUAUUCAGUAUACUUUACGAGUUGUUAGCAAAUAAAAAACCUCUUAUAUAUUACUAGUGGAUUAAUGACUUGUAUUUGCUUGUAGAAUUACAUUCACCACAUUAUACAUCUUCUUUGACUUAGUAAAUACAUUUACCAAUCGCUAUGGUUACCGGUAAUUGUCUUGUCUAUAAAGAAUGGACAUAGUAACGCUAUUGAACACUUGUCAACGUUACUUUUUGUGUUCUUUGUCACUCUCACAUAUUAAAUGGAAAUACAAUAAAUUUAGACCAAAGGCGCCAUUUGCUGAAUAAUUGAAUAAUUAUAAACAUGCUUAAUAAUUGCAUUAAUAUAUUUUCUAGAUAACGGUUUAAUAUUAUAAUCAUAUAAAUUAGUAUUAUGGCUGUCAGUUAUUUUUAGGAGAAGGAAGACCAAAAUCGAUUUUGAAAUUAAAAAAUUAAAUGAUAAAAACACAUCUCUUAGAUUAAAUGAUAAAAGCAAAUUUCUCAACAAUUACAUUUGACGAUUUCAAUAGCGGAGGGCUGGCUGAUAACUAUCUACACAGGAUUAAUGGAAAAUAUAGUGUUGCAAUGAUGCAGAAGGGCAUUCAUAUUGUUUUUAUAUGAACGUAAAAUAAAACUCGUGUAUUAAACCCAAACUAUUGAAUUUUUGUUUAGAUUGUGAAUAUAACGGUGCUUGUUAAGAUAUUUGUUGUUAUGCUUGUUAUUUAAAUAUAAUGUCUUUGUUAGGUAUAUUUCAUUGUAAAUGGGUUUGAAAUUCCUGUAAAUAUCUCGGCAUUCCAAUUAAAAAUAAAACUGUAUUUUUUA